AAGCGAAUGGCAUUUCCAUUUAGAUUUUCUGCUAUUAACAGCUGUUUUUGUUUACAAUCAGCAAAUUAAAACCGGAACAAAAAGCAUCCAAAAGAAUCAAAUAUCAACAAAAAUCAUCAAAGUAGUGUCUACAGAAAUACGAAAGCGCCGGCGAGAAAAGGAGGUGAAAAAAUGGACGGAAGCCGAAAUCAAAACCGUGCUGUCCUAUAUGCAGGAUCACCGAAACGUCGAGAAACCAACAGCCAGAAUCUACUACACUAAGUUGCUUGCAGUGACAAAAAUUGAAGCAACGUGGAACAUCUUAAAAUGUAAGAUUCGCUAUUUAAAAAGCCAAAUGAAAUCGGCAGAACACUGGCUAAAUUCCACGGGUGCUGGAGUAGAGGAUGGCGAUGUGGAGCUGACUGUGAUGGAUAAAGUGCUUAAAAGUUGUCCGCAUUACAAGCAAUUAGCGGACAUUUUUGCUACGGAGAGGGAAGCUGAGGUGAUGGUAAUGAGUUCCUCUGCAAUGGAACUCGACUCUGAAGAAAAUGUUGUGGAUGAUUUGGAAGACCCCGAACCCGAAGCGCAGGAAGAAAAUGACAUACUCGUAUCUGAAUUGUCAUCUGGCUCAUCUGCGGCCAGCCCUUUUGUAAAAAAAAUUAAGGCCAAACAGCAAUACACUGCCAUAGAUAUACUGGCAACAUUAGAAUCUGAAAGAAUGAGCUUUCGCGAAAAACAGCUUCAAUUUGAAAAAGAAAAAUUCAAUUGGAUGAAGCAAGUUGAAGCAAAUAAACAUGAAAAUGAAAAGAAGAAGAUCGAAAACGAUUUCCAACUCAAAAAAAUGGAGUUGGAGCAGAAUGAGAGAAUAAGGAAAUUAGAAAUUGAAAUCAAGUAUAAAAUUAAUAAUAUAAAUAACCAAUAAACAAAUAAAUAAAUAAUUUUUCUUACUUGUUAUUAAAACAAAAAUAUGAAU